UGGGAGAAGAAUGAAAUACAUUAUUUUUGUUAAGAAAUUUAUUAUAUGUUGCAUUGAAUGAAAAACUCCUAUUUUGUCUUGGUGGAGGGCCUCACUCACACAGUGAAUGAAAUUACUAAUUAAAAAGAAAAAGAUAAAGCUAAGGCAAAGCAAAGGGAGAGAAGGGUGAGGGUGGUGGGGGAGUGUGGGUUAUGUACUGUCUUAGCCUGUCCCCCCCACCCAACACAGUCUCUCUCGCUCUCUUCUCUCUCUCUCUAUCUUUUAUAUCUCUCUCUCUCUCUCUCUCUAACAGUCCAAGUCCAAAAGCCACCACCACAUUGGCUUUUUUUGCCUUUUAUUUCUGUGCUUCCUAUGCAAUUGUCUGUGUCUGUUGCUUCUGCUCCCUCUACUCAGUACCUGCAAAUGGGGGAGGAAUCAUACUUUGAAUUUCUUGUUAUUAUUUGAUACCCACUUUUCUUUUCCUUCUCAUCUUUUAGCCUCCUGGCUGGGCUUCCCUCCAAACAUGUCAAUCUUGUUUUUUAUACUAUGCCUUCUCCUGUUUUUAGCUUUUGUGGGCACCCCUCAAAUAUGAACUCCUUACCAUGAUUUGACCUCAUUUCCAAUUUUCUAUAGUUUAUUUAUUUAUUUUCUCGCUUUUGUGGGUACCCUUCUUUUUCCACUUGAUUACUUUCAUCCCCAACUUUUCUUUUUUAAUUAAAUUUUAAAUUAUUGCUAUUUUUGUUUGGGUGGAUUGUUUAUUUGGUUGUACUUCUGUUGUGCAACACUAAUAGGAACAAUAUCAGGUGUUCAUGGAAAUUGAUCUGAACCAUGCAGUGGCUGAGGAGGAGAAGAAUGCAUUUUGUAAUGGAGACUGCGACAAGGGCUGUUGUGUUUGUUGUUUAUCCUCUUCGACUUCUUCUUGUUCUUCAAAUUCAUCUUCGGCUCCUGUUUCUUCUUCAAUUUACUUGGAGCUGUGGCAUGCCUGUGCUGGCCCUCUUACCUCACUGCCCAAGAAAGGGAAUGUGGUUGUGUAUUUUCCACAAGGCCACUUAGAACAGGUUGCUUCAUCAUCUCCCUUCUCACCCAUGGAGAUGCCCACUUUUGAUCUCCAACCACAGAUCUUCUGCAAGGUCGUUAAUGUCCAACUACUCGCUAAUAAGGAGAAUGAUGAGGUCUACACGCAUGUUACUUUACUGCCUCAACCAGAGUUGGUAGGAAUGAAAUUAGAAGGCAAAGAGCUUGAAGAGUUGGGAGUUGAUGAGGGGAGUGGAGGAUCACCUACGAAAUCAACCCCUCACAUGUUUUGCAAAACACUUACCGCUUCUGAUACCAGUACCCAUGGAGGGUUCUCCGUACCUCGCAGAGCUGCUGAAGAUUGUUUCCCUCCACUGGAUUAUAAGCAACAGAGGCCCUCUCAAGAGCUUGUUGCAAAAGAUCUGCAUGGGGUGGAGUGGAGGUUUCGACAUAUUUAUAGAGGUCAGCCAAGGAGACAUCUGCUCACUACAGGAUGGAGCAUUUUUGUUAGCCAAAAGAAUCUUGUUUCAGGAGAUGCAGUGCUCUUUUUGAGGGGUGAAAAUGGAGAGCUAAGGUUGGGAAUUAGAAGAGCUGUUAGACCAAGGAAUGGUCUUCCUGAUUCUAUUGUUGGCAACCAGAAUUCUUAUCCAAGCGUUCUAUCUCUAGUGGCUAAUGCAAUAUCUACCAAGAGCAUGUUUCAUGUUUUCUACAGUCCAAGGGCAAGUCAUGCGGAGUUUGUCAUUCCCUACCAAAAAUAUAUUAAAAGUGUUACAAAUCCAGUGACCAUUGGGACAAGAUUCAAAAUGAGAUUUGACAUGGAAGAUUCGCCAGAAAGAAGAUGCAGUGGUGUAGUCACUGGAAUUGGUGACUUGGAUCCCUAUAGGUGGCCAAACUCUAAAUGGAGAUGCUUGAUGGUCAGGUGGGAUGAAGAUAUUGGGAAUGAUCGUCAAGAACGAGUGUCUUCGUGGGAGAUAGAUCCCUCUGUUUCUCUCCCACCGUUUAGCAUUCAGUCAUCCCCAAGACUGAAGAAACUGCGGACAAGUGUGCAGGCAAACCUGCCCAACAACCCUGUAACCGCAGGAGGGGGUGGGUUUUUGGACUUUGAGGAGUCAGUCAGAUCCUCUAAGGUCUUGCAAGGUCAAGAAAAUAUAGGUUUCAUAUCACCCCUCUAUGGUUGUGAUAGUGUAAACCACCGGCUGGAAUUUGAUAUGCAUACUCCAGCACAUCAGAGUCUGGCACCAAAUACAACGCAGAAGGCUGCUAUUGGCGAGUUUAUAAGGGCCCACCCAACCACCUACCCUGGCUUUGCGGAAAGCAGUAGGUUUCCGAAGGUCUUGCAAGGUCAAGAAAUAUGCCCAUUGAGGUCCCUGACAGGAAAAGCUGAUUUCAGCCUGGGAGCUUGGGGAAAACCCAAUCUUGGUUGCACAUCUUUCAACACAUAUCAAGCAUCCAAGCCCAAUUUUUUCCCUCUAGCAUCAGAGUCACUUCAAAACAUGUACUUUCCCUAUGGUGACAGUCACAAACCUGGCCAAAAUCCAGCAAUGCACACUAGUGCUACCAACUUCCCGGGAGAGAAUGUCAAAACUAACCCAUAUUCUAUUCAGACUGGGGUUAUGAGGAAUGGAGCUGGAAGAUCAAAUAUACCAAAUGAGCAUAAGCCACAGGAGAGUAUAUCUGCUCGUCCCACUGUAGGAACAAAUCUAAGGAAUUCAAAAGACGAUGGUUUUACCGGGACUGCGACUGGUUGUAAACUUUUUGGGUUUUCCUUGACUGGGGAAACUUCAACUCCAAACUCUCAGAAUUCCAGUAAGAGGAGCUGUACAAAGGUUCACAAGCAAGGCAGCUUAGUGGGAAGAGCUAUUGACCUCUCAAGAUUGAAUGGCUACAGUGACCUGCUGAGCGAACUAGAGCGACUAUUUAGCAUGGAAGGCCUACUGGAAGAUCCUGAGAAAGGAUGGCGGAUCUUGUACACCGACAGCGAGAAUGAUGUAAUGGUUGUUGGUGAUGAUCCAUGGCAUGAAUUUUGUAACGUUGUCUCAAAGAUCCACAUCUAUACCCAAGAAGAAGUAGAGAAGAUGACAUUUGGAAUAAUCAGUGAUGAUACUCAAAGCUGCUUGGAACAAGCUCCCGUAAUAAUGGAAGUUUCGAAGUCUUCAUCGGUGGGCCAGCCAGACUCUUCACCAACUGUGAUCAGAGUUUAAAGAAAUUCUGUGUUGUGUUUGUAUGUUUGUAUAUGAAUCUAAUUUAUGCAAAAACAACCUGGCAAUAUAUGUUCGAGCUUUGAUGUCCCCUAAGUGCUGUAGUAGGUAUUAUCCUAAAACGUUGAAGAUUCAACUCCCUUGGCCUCCUCGAGAUUGGACGUUUCCUGUUGUAGUAUUAAUGAAUGAUCCAGUAUAAAUAAUUGGGUUGUAUCGUGAUAGUCAAAAAGCUUCCUACA